AUGGAGAACAGCAGGUUGAAGCCAUUUGAGGGAAAUCAGUGUGAAGCCUUCUGCAUUUGCAUGGGAAUGCUCAAAUUAGGCACAUUGACCAUGUUGAAGGAGCGGAAAAUGACUCCUUCAAAAGCAUCUAAGCAAACUUUUGCUGUGGUGUCAAAGAUCAAGAAUAAGAUGCUCAACACCUCCUCCUUCUUCAAGAUGAAUUUGAAGAGUAACAACAGGGAUUUAGCUUUCGCCCUGCAAGUCGAGAAGGAGAAGAACAGGCAGCUGGUGAUGGAGAAAGUGUACCUACAGAAAGAAGUGGAGGCCAUGCUUUUUGAGCGAGCCAUUUGGAGACACAAACAUGAAAAACUGCUCCUGAUAUUGGAUGACCUCCGCAGCAACACUCUGCAUCACUUGAGCAGGGCUGCUGACCUCCUUUCUUCAGAAAAUGAUAUCCCCGAAGCAACUGAGUACUGUGGUCAGUCUGCAGACAAAAAUGAUAACAAUUUUCAAAUGGAAAGACCUCCGUUUCAGCUAACUUCCCAACCAGAAUGUUCAAGGGAGGACAUUUAUCUGCCUACACAAAAAAUGAUGGACUUAAGUGAAAAAAACGCCUCCCACAAGUUCCAAAGUAGACUCGGCAAGUCCACUGAUUUUAUUUCAGAUGGCAUGCAGGAAAUGGCAAAGCCUUUGGGUCAAGACAGGCUUGCUGCCCAGAAGGAAACACCUUCCCUGUCCACUAACCCAAGAGUAUCUGAUAUUAACUCAACACCCUGUCCUCAGAACAAUCAGGACUGCUCAGAUGCCACAUCCAACACGUCAGACUCUUCUGCUAUUGUUGUCAAUCAGCCAAGAGGCUUGGCUAUGGCAACAGAACCAGAGCAUCAUGGUGGACAAGAGAAGACUAUGCUACUGAACACAGAGAUGGAGAUGACUGUAAGCGAUGGUGUCUCAAUACUCACUGUGGAAAUGGAGGGCAAAAAAGCUGGUAACUCUGAUAAACCAAUGAGGGUGAAAAAGGCGCACACAGCAGAUGCAGUGGGGAAGACUGUCAGGGAAUUCAAAAGGAAUAACAAACGAGGUAAUGUGUUUCGUAGGGCUAAGAAUCCUGAGGAGGCUAACACCAUAGGUUCUGAGUUGACUGAGAUACAGAAUGUUCAUGCUGUCACCCCAUUACAGACAGACAGCCUUACAGAGAACGCCCUCACUGACACUGAGGUUAGUGAGCCUCAUCCACCUAUUGGGCAAAACAGGAUUCAUAUUACCUCUCGUAUCCCCAGAUUUAACAAGGCCAAUGCUUGUAAACAGCAGAAAUUAAUGAAGGAUACUUCAAAAUCAUACGACCCAGCUAAAACACUUGCUAUCCCUUACCAGUUGAACAGCAAUGACAUUGUCUUAUUUGAGAAGGAUGGUUGUUUCAUUGACUGUGAAGUUGAGAGCUCCAGAGCCAAAGAAGAGCAAGAGAAGGAGAACUCUAGUGCCUAG